CGUCCACCACGAAUCUCUCCGCUCCGGAUGUCACCGAUCAUUCGCAUCAUCGUGCGCCGUCCAUAAUCAUUUGUCGAGGAGACAAACAAUAAUACGGGUUCGCUAGCGCGAAUAAUCCCGAUGACGAUGACGGCGAGCUCGAAGCAAGGUUCCAAGCGGUCGAAGUGGGCCCUAGACUUUUCGCACAGAACGAAACAGGAAAAAAAUGUGGAGAUACCUUCGCCACCAGGUUAUACACCUACCGGUUCCCUCUUUCACAAUGUGGAGUACAUGAGGGAGACCGACUCCAAUCACCUGAUAAUAAAGAAGUCCUGGGACCUGGCGUUGGGGCCCCUCAAACAAGUACCUAUGAAUCUGUUUAUCUUGUACAUGGCCGGUAGUUCCGUCUCGAUAUUCCCCAUCAUGAUGGUCGGGAUGCUCAUCAUCAAGCCGGUCAAGGCGCUGUUCACGCUUCAGCAAACGUUCAAAGUGAUCGAAGGUACACACGCGUGCGGACAAAAGUUCGUGUACUUCCUAGGACAGUUAGUGAAUAUCGCGUUAGCUCUGUACAAAUGUCAGUCGAUGGGCCUGCUACCGACGCACGCGUCCGACUGGCUGGCGUUCGUCGAGCCCCAAACAAGAGUGGAAUACUCCGGCGGGGGUUUCAUGUACAUUUGAUGCAAAGGGGUCGGUCAGGCGGCAUUGUAAGUAUUCGGCAUACGCGCCCACGUGAAUUAUAGCUAAAUUAUACUGUAAAGACAUGCGUGUCAUGCGUUUAAAUAUUGUUUAUUAAAAUAAAAGUAUGGAAAAAUAA